CAAGGUUGGCCACUCUUCCUUGCCAAUGAAAUCACCAUCAUCUUCUUCCUUAAGCUCCAUGAAGAUCAAAGCUCUAAUUCAAACCCUAAUCCACACUCAGGCUUGUCGUCUUAUUCGAGCAUUCUCGAAAGCAAAGUCCAUCGUCAUUCACAUACAACAAAACAAGCCCAUACAAUUCCUCAUCUCCAACUCAUCCAAAAAGAAGUACAAGAACAAGAAGCUAUUCUUCGGGUCAUUUAGGCUACACUACAAUUGGUGCUCUUCUCAUGUCACGCCCGUUCCGGCUCCGGUUCUCGAAAGGUGUCGUAAUUCGACCUCGAAUCCCGAUCAAGAGGAUGCCGUGGAGUCGGAGCUUUCGGGGUACCUUCAAUGGCUUGAAGAUCAAAACAAGGUUGAUGAAGAAUCGGAGGGUGAGACAGAUAUGAAUGAGAUUGAUGAAUUGGCAGAAAUGUUCAUCGCUAAUUGCCAUGAAAAGUUCAUGUUGGAGAAGCAGGAGUCUUACAGGAGAUUCCAGGAGAUGAUGGCCAGAAGUAUGUGACCAAUGUAUGGUUGUAAACGAUAAGA